AUGAUUCUCAUUGUGUUAUUUUUAUCAUAUUUUUCGACAAGCUCAGCUACGUUCUGUUCGUCGCCUGAUGAAAAUACACUUUACAUUUAUCCAAGUGAAUAUAAUUGUUCAACUUUCAUUGCAUGCAUAAACUCUGAAGAAUUCGAAUUUGAGUGCAUUCAAGCCCCACGUUUCAUUCAAUGGAGUGAAAAAGCUAUUUGUAUGCAGUCAUGCCUGCCAGUCGAAUCAACACCAAAACAUACGGAGCAAACUAUUUUAAUUGGUUUUCCAGCUGAUACCAUUCUUUAUCCAGACAUCCCGGCUCGGUCAAUAAUUUGCCCACCACUUAGGAAAACAAAAGCUAUAAUCCCAGAAACUUGUACAUCAUAUCUAGAUUGCAAUGAUGGAAUCGCUAUAAAAACAGAAUGUCCAGUCGGUGAACAAUUUAGCCCAACUCAAUAUGAAUGUGUUCCAGAAAUAGAAUCUGAUUGUCAUCAUAUUCGACAACAAGGCUUGCAUCAUAUAAAGUGCCGGUAUGAUAAGGGUUUGAUACCUUUAUACUUCGAAUCAGACAGCUGCCCUGUAUUCAAGAAGUGUGCUAAUAAGUUGGCUUGGGAGGUCGAAUGCGCUCGCGAUUGCCAUUGGGAUAAUGAUAAUAAGAUUUGUGAUUGGGCUGAUAAUUUUGAAUGUAACUUAUUGAAUAAUUAA